AUAAGCCUCAGUUGCUGUCGGCAUGGAGAAGAGAUGUGAAUCAGAGUGGUAAUGAAUUCAAAACGCUUCGUCGUUGCAUUUUGGAACAAAUCACAACGCCGUAGUUGCUGAAUCCACUGAAAAUUAACCCAAAAUCUGACAAUAAAUUAAUUUAGUCUGCAGAUUGUGAAAUCUAUUUUCUCAACAGCGUAAUCUUUAGGCUACAUCCAUGCUAAUACAUUUUUGUUUUAAAACACGUAACUUUUGCUAUGUUUACGCCAAGUGUCCAUACUAUUCCGGCGUUUUUGAUCCCCUGAAAUGGAGACUUGUGAAAAUGCUGCUGACCUCGUUUUAGUUUGAAAAGUCCGGGAUUGCGUUUUAGUCUGAAAGGGUGGAAACAGACUUUUGAAAAUGAUGACAGGUGCACCCACAUCCGCUUCCUGAUUGGGUCUUAUCAGUCACGACGUAUCCUUCCCUGAUUUAUCACGCCAUUAUCACGUGACCCUUUUCUGGAAGAAAACAAAAGACAUUAGCAUUAACUACCAGUGGUUAAUUCAUCAGAGGAUAAUGAAUUAGAGGCGUUGCUGACCUCAUUGUCUAUGCUACAUGGCAGCAGUUGUGCAGUUAAAUUCUGCAUUUUAUGAUGCUACUACUGCCUACGUGUGCAGGAGCAAGCUAUUAUUCAAGUGAUUUGCAUGCCAAGUUCAGACUCCAUUUCUUCCACACAACGCAUUCAGGUUUUUCCAGUCAAGCUCACCAUCCGGGGCCAUGUUUUGGUUUCACCGACUGUCCCUCGGCCUCCUGCUGCUCCACCUGGCUGCCGCCGCUCAUGUCUUCCUGGACGGUGAGGCGGCCAGUCAGGUCCUGACCCGGCAAAGACGAGCCAACAGCUUUUUAGAGGAAGUUAAACAAGGCAACAUGGAGAGGGAGUGUGUGGAGGAGCAGUGCGACUAUGAGGAGGCGCAAGAGAUCUUCGAAAACACUGAGAAAACUGAUGAAUUCUGGACCACAUAUGUCGAUGGCAACGCAUGUAUAUCGAUGCCCUGUGCUCAUGGAGGACUUUGCCAAGACGGGAUCGGCAGCUACACCUGCUCCUGCCAAGCUGAGUACCAGGGCUCCAACUGCGAAAUUGAUAUUUAUAAAAGCUGUGAGAUCUUAAAUGGUGGCUGCGAACACUUCUGCAGAGUGGAAAACAGAAGCGUGAUGUGCUCCUGUGCUGAUGGAUAUUACCUGGCAUCAGAUGACAAGUCCUGCAACUCCAAAGAGGAAUACAAAUGUGGUGCCAUCGUCAUUAGAAGCCGCCGGAAUGUUUUCAGGCAUGAACAGCAUAACACUACGGAGGGGAACAUUAAUGGGUUGAACGACAUUGACAUCAACAUUAACACCACCAAUCAGAAGUAUGCGCCAGACAUCAUCUAUCUCCCAGAGUCCUCAGUUUCUGAGAACAGCAGCAGCAGCAGUGGCGAGAUCCUACGGGAUUACGUUGAUUUUGAGAGAAAUAACACCAAUGACAGCAUUGAUAGCAUCUCACCUGCUCUGGGUACGACCAACAUGCACAACACAGAGGACUGUCCACCGGGAGAAUGUCCAUGGCAGGCUCUCCUCCUGAAUGAGGAGGACCGAGGGUUCUGCGGAGGAACCAUCCUCACCGAAUACAUUAUCCUGACCGCCGCCCACUGCAUGAACCAAUCACGUUUCAUCUAUGUUAAACUCGGUGAGUUUGACAUACUGGCGGAUGACCGUAAUGAAGCUGUCCACCAUGUGGAAACUAUCAUUAUUCACAAAAAUUUUCGACCCAACACCUACCACAAUGACAUCGCACUCAUCAAAUUGGCGACGCCCAUCAAGUUCACCAGGUUCAUCCUGCCAGCCUGCAUACCUGAGCAAGAUUUUGCUGAAAAGGUCCUGAUGCAGCAGCUGUAUGGCACGGUCAGUGGGUUUGGACAUCUCGGCGAGGGUCGGCAGCCGUCCACCAUCUUGCAGCGUCUCACCAUGCCUUAUGUAGAUCGGCACACCUGCAUAGAAUCCACUAAUUCACAUAUCUCUAAACGCAUGUUCUGUGCCGGCUACAAGAAAAUAGCAAAAGACGCAUGCCAAGGUGACAGCGGCGGGCCGCACGUCACACGAUACGGCGACACCUAUUUCAUCACCGGCAUUGUGAGCUGGGGCGAAGGCUGCGCACGCAAAGGCAAAUACGGCAUCUACACCAAGGUGUCCAAGUAUAUUAGCUGGAUCCAUGCGGGCAUCAGCUUGGCGACGCCCGAAGAGACGAGUACCAACAGGGUGAAGAGGCACCAUGGCCCCAUCAAGAGGCUGUAUUUCGCAGUCAGUGUCACAGUGGUCAGCAUCAUGUCGCCUCGCUGUCGAGCGUCGCUUGUCUCUCUCGUCCUCCUCGUCUGCUUCCUUCAGGUCUUCAUCGAAGGAGAAGUGUUGCGGCGGACUGCGCCGGCCCACAGUGUGUUCCUGAGGUCCAAACGGGCCAACAUGUUCCUGGUGGAGGAGAUCCUGCAGGGGAACCUGGAGAGGGAGUGUCACGAGGAGCGCUGCGACUACGAGGAGGCCAGGGAGUACUUCGAAGACAACGAAAAGACGAAAGCUUUCUGGACAGUUUACUACGACGGGGACCAGUGUCAGCCGAACCCCUGCCUCCACAGCGGGAACUGCACUGACACCGCGGGGGGGUUCGUCUGCUCCUGCGUGCCCCCGUUCUACGGACCAGCCUGUGAACUGGGAGCAGUGGAAGAGCUGAGAGACAGAGGAACCAUGUCUGCACCGAUGACCAUCACAACAGAAAUCUCCCCGUGUCCGACUGAAGGUCCGACAGCUUGUCACCAGCUGUGCAAGGCGUCCCUUCACUCCUUCACCUGUUCCUGCAUGCCGGGAUUCAAACUGCAGAGCGACAACCGCAGCUGUGAGCCUGAAGUGGAGUUUCCCUGUGGAAGACUUCCUGACAAGUUCAACGCCACCAUAUUACCCUGGCAGGUGUCCCUGCUGGACCGCAGAGGGGUGGAGCUGUGUGGCGGUGUGGUGGUUGGUCGACGCUCCGUCCUGACCGCCGGUCGCUGCCUCCUCCUGGGACCCGUCAUACCACCCUUGAGCUUAUUCGUGCUCGCCGGUAACAGGAAGGUGGUCAUCCCCGUCCGGGCUUUCCACAUCCACAACCGUUUCCGUACAAAUCGCCAUGAGUACGACCUCGCUCUCGUCGAGCUGGUCAGGCCGCUGCCGUUCAGCCCCGCCCUCGUCCACCUGUGCCUGCCCACCAAGGACUUCUGCGAGAACAUCCUGAUGAAUGCUGGGAGGAUGGGCAUCACCCAGAAACGGAACCAGAACCAGAACUUGGUCUACAUGACACUGGAUGAGUGUCGGAGUGAGCUGAAUAUCUCGCAUCCGAUCAGCAACAAGAUGUUCUGCAUGAGGAGGCAGAACGGAGCCCAAUGGAGCCAACAUGGACUUUUACGGAGCCAACAUGGAGGUCACGGGAGGCUGAGCAAAGCAGAAAACUGCCGCCGUUUAAAGACUGAAGCUCACAAGUUCUCAGAAUCUGACGGUACUUCAAUGUCAGAGGUCAGGCGAUGCGGCGGUCUGUUGCCGGGGACGCCGGUUGCCACGGUGGAGAAAGACACAGCAUUUCUGACAGGGCUGCUGAUCUCACCGUCGGCAGGUUGUCAUGGUGACAGCGGUGGCAUGGUGUUCACCAAAGUGUCCCGCUACCUGGCCUGGAUCAAAAAGAAGCUGGAGGCAGCCGAGGAUCACAAGACCUCACAAGUCCAUCAGUAUCCUGAGAACCACUGAGGCUCCGCCCCCCCGACCGCCAUCAUUUAAAACUCCUUUAAAAUCAGAGCGAACUGUCUGUUAUUCCAUGUGUUUUAUCUCCUAAACGACAAAAUAUUUCCUGAACCGUCCCAUAAAUAGUUUUAUUGAUCACUUAUUGUUUUUUGAUUGAUCUUAAAAGCCUCUGCUGGUGCAUUCAAGGAUGCUCCGACAUGUGAGGUUUAAGAUUUAGCUGCUGAACAGCAACUUUUCCAACUAACAAAAUUACUAAAUUUACUUUACCCUUUUACAACUUUUAUGUUUGCUUAUUGUUUUUCUACAAAGUUUGAUUUUCUGACAACGUUGAUGAAGAUCUUUCUGGAACACAGUGAAUCUUAAAUAGUUUAUUAAAUAAAAUUUAUGAGCUUCAAGUCUAUUUUCCUCCAUCUUAAGCUGGAUUUAAACUCAACGGAAGUAGUAGUAGAAACACUUCACUAUAUGACAAAACGGUGGUUAAAUGUAAACAACUUUUACAAAAGCUUUCAAACUAAAAUCUAGUUUUAUUGAAAUGUUCUGUCUUGCAUUUAUUUAAUAUUUGUGAAACGCAGAAAAAGUGAAAUCUGUAGAAAAUAUGAAAUUCUUGCAGUGACCGAAGGAAAUAUUUCCUUUGAAUAAAAACACUGAAACACUGAAUAUGUUGUCAAGUUGAAUUGAUGAUAAUAAAACUAACUCUCAUGUCUCUACUCAGUGGCUG